AGUCACGGGGAGGAGCCAGAACCUGAAGAGAUGCCGAGAACAGCUCCGGACAGAGGACUCAGAGACACAGGAAAAUACAAGCCAACUGAUAAGAAAGCUGGGAAAUGACUUGGAUUCUAUGAAACUGGUUUGCAACGAUAGGAGAAAUGAGUAUUGCUGAUGGGAAUGCACGUUAUGUGUCUGCUUUCAGGAUACAGCUGUCAAGCUCCCAGUCAAAGGGAGCCAACGGACAAGUGUCCCAAUCCACACACAUUCCCACAAUCCCCACAGCCGUGGGGAAGCCUGGAGAGACAUCCGAUACAGGCAAGUCUGGACAUUUCUUCCAGCCACACACAAGUGUUUUGAGGGGUAACCACAGCCAUAAUAGUGUUCUGGAUCCACCCCAUUUCACUGAGCCCCUAGAGGACUGUAUAGUGGAUGAAGGAAAUGACAUCACACUGAAAGGGACUAUAACAGGGAGCCAGCCAAUCAGCAUUUCCUGGCUUCAUAACGGUGAGGCUGUGCUGUUUGGCAAAUCUUCAUUAGUGGGACGAGUGGUGACUUUGGUAGUUAAGGAAUGUCUCCCAGAGGAUGCUGGGGCUUAUACAUGUGUGGCUGAAAACACAGCAGGAAAAACAUCCAGCAGUGCAGCAGUGUGUGUAAGAGACUAUGAAACAAUAGUUGGGAUCCGUAGUGAUAUUACCGACACAUCUCACUCUCAUCCUAACACUCCUGACAUGCUAAGCGGAAUCUUAAACUCCUCUCAGAACGUCCCAGAUGACAUCCGUGUUUCUAAAGGCCCACAGUCACCACAGACACCUCAGACAGGAAGUCCUAUAACAUGUUCCCCAGCACUCAAGAGAGAGGUGCUUGUCAAAAGAAGGAGCAGCUCAGGUCCAGCACCUCCUCUGCAGUUUGUAGAUCCAUUAGAUCGUCUGGAGGUGCAUGUUGGAGAGACGGCCCAUUUGAAGUGUGUGUUCAAAGGCAGCUCUCCUGUAGCUUCUUGCUGGGUCUGUAAAAAAAAAGAGGUGGUGGAAAGCUCCAGGUUUCGUAUUGAGUCCUGUAAUGAAAGCAGUUCUCUGGUAAUUUCCGAAGCCGUUCCUGAGGACUCUGGACGUUACACGAUAUUUGUACGAGAUCGCAAAAGUUCAGCCCAACACACAGUGACCCUUAAUGUCAUUGACCUGCCUCAGCCUCCUGCCUCCUGUCCUGUGGUGUACGUCCUCUCCCCUCACUCUCUGGUUUUGUCCUGGUCUGGGCCGUCUUAUGAUGGUGGCAGUGCUGUGACUGGAUACGUGGUGGAGGUUUGUGAAAACCCAGGUGCGACUGACCAGUGGAGAGAGCUCACAUCCCAGUGCAAGAGCACCUCGCUCAGGGUGACCUCAGGACUCCAGCCUCAAGGAGAAUACUGCUUCCGGGUCAGGGCCUGUAACGCUGUGGGGGUUAGCGAACCCAGCCAAGAGUCCCAGCCAAUCAGGAUGGACAACACAGGAGAGCCCUGUGAUGAGAAACCAGUGGAGUAUGUGACUGUGACCAUCAACACUGUGGAUAAACUUACUGACCACUACAAUGUCCUGGAAAAACUUGGAGUAGGGAAGUUCGGCCAGGUGUUUCGGAUGACCCAUAAGGAGACGGGCCAAGCUUGUGCUGGAAAGUUCUACAAAGGACGUCGGAUAAAGGAGAGAGAGGCCGCGAGGAAAGAAAUAGGGCUAAUGAAUUUCUUACACCAUCAAAAACUUGUCCAGUGUCUUGCUGCAUAUGAUAACAAGGAUGAGAUGGUCAUGGUGAUGGAAUAUGUUGCUGGUGGAGAGCUGUUUGAGCGCAUUGUAGAUGAGAGUUUUGAGCACACUGAAGUGUCCAGUGUGGGCUACGUGCGUCAGAUUCUGGAGGGGAUUCAGUUCAUGCACCAGCAAAAUAUUAUCCACCUGGACCUCAAACCUGAGAACAUCGUCUGUGUGGACAGAACUGGGAUUCAGAUCAAAAUCAUUGACUUUGGACUCGCUAGCAAGCUGGAUCCUAACACACCUCUGAUGGUGAUGCACGGCACUCCGGAGUUUGUUGCUCCAGAGGUGAUCAACUUUGAGCCGGUCUGUCUGAACACUGACAUGUGGAGCAUCGGGGUCAUCUGCUACAUCUUGUUGAGCGGUGAAUCUCCAUUCCAGGGUGAAAGUGACGCAGAGACUCUGGCUCUUGUGACAGCAGCGCAGUGGGAGUUUGAUGAAGAGAGCUUUGAAGAUAUCACCGACCUGGCAAAGGAUUUCAUUAAAUCUCUGCUCAGCAAAGAUGCCAGGCGCAGGAUGUCAUGUGAAGAAGCUUUGGCUCAUUCCUGGUUGGCAUAUACUUGUGUAGACACCACCAAAAACCUUUCCAAAGACAAGAUGAAGAAAUUCCUGACUAGGCAGAAGUGGAAGAAAACUGGCAAAGCUUUGCUGGCUCUGAAGAGGAUGGCUAUAUUGUCUAAACCAGAGGCUUCCGCAAACUUGAGCCCUGUAGAUGAGACAGAGCAGGCACUGCAGUCUCUGGAGCUGAAGCUUCAGUGUAAACCUGAGUUCACUAAGACUCCGUCUGACCUGACUGUCCCGCAGGGCUCCAGCGCCCAACUCUUCUGUCUCAUCACAGGUUACCCUGACCCUGAGGUUGUGUGGCUGAAGGCCGGGGAGCUUCUGGAGCUGCAGGAGGAGUGUGUGAAGGUGGACUAUGAGGAGGACGGCAGCUGUACUCUCACCCUAGAGAACGUCUCUCCGCACCACAGCGGCCUGUAUUCCUGCAAAGCCACUAAUGUACUCGGGGAGGCACUGUGCUCCGCUACUCUUACUGUAGUGGAGAAAGACAAACACAUGAAUUCAUAAUGGCAUAAAAAACACACACCUGACAGAUUAAAAUAUAUUGAUGCAGCCAUUGCCGAUACAAUUGUGAAUUCAGUGUUAAAAGUGUAAUAAAAAUCGAAUUGAGGCUAUUAGCUUAUUAUUAUGUUUGUGAUUCAUGCUUAUUUUUAGAUUAUUAUUGGACUUGGGUUCAAUAUCAUUAACUGUGAGCAAUUUUUAGCACUGUAUGACUUUUCAACACAGUCUUGAUUUUUCAAAACGUUUAAAUUCUCAUUUAUUUACACACGGCUUGGUGUCUGAUGGGAAAUGGGAGUCUAAAUAUGUUUAAUUAACUGAUUAAAGUCAGCAUGAAAUGAAAAUUGACCUAUUUUUUAAAUGCAUUAUUAUAUUAUAUAUUACUAUUGUUGUAAACAUUUCAUGCCUGCAUAUUUCUUUU